UAUAUAUUAUAUAUAUAAUAUAUGUGUAUUAGAUGGAUAUGCACAGAAAAAGAGACAGAGAAAGAAAUUACCAAUGUAUAAAUUGUUCAUUCACGUAUAUACGGUACGGUACGAAUGGUAUGCACAUUGACACGAGGAUUGUUCAAAAGUUGUAAGAUGGCGCAAUAUGCCGGGCGCAAUAUGUCAGUCCUCGACACGUUUCCAAUCUUGUGUCACCUCUCAUUGACCGAGAACGGUUUUGGUCUUUUGUGAUUUACAAAAUCUCGCUACACCGUGUAUCUUUACAGUGCGUGAUCUGCAACGUGCAUUUACCGAUCGACCGUUGAUAACACAUUUGGCGAUAAUAAAUCAUCUCGUCGCUGGGCACGCAGAAUGAAAGUCACGAUAAAAAGUUGGACUGGUGUCGCCACCUGGCGUUGGAUAGCGAACGACGACAAUUGCGGCAUAUGUAGAAUGCCGUUUGAUGCUAGUUGCCCAGAUUGUAAAAUCCCUGGCGACGAUUGCCCUUUGGAGAAAGACUCUACAGGCGAUUGAUUUGUCCGAUAGAUGGUUUGUAAAAUACCGCGACAGCGUUUGCGCAGCUGCCAGGCAUAAAUAUCGAUCGGUGUGCCGAAAUGAAACGGAUCGCUCGCACACGAUAUCCCACGUUCUGACGCGCGCGUACUCGCGCGUGUCAAUUCUGGGGCCAAUGCUCGCAUUGCUUCCAUAUACACUGCAUCAUGAAGUGGUUGCAUUCGCAGCAAACCAGGCAUCUCUGUCCGAUGUGUCGUCAGGAAUGGAAGUUCAAGGAGUAGCUGGUUUGCCGAUGGUCCCGCAGGUGUCAGCACGCAACGAGGACAACGCGACGGUGGCCACGCGUAGAGAGGGGCUCGCCACGGUGGUGGAAGUAGCGGACAAAAUGCAGUUGGCAGCGACACAAAGACCUCAUCCACCACCGGUACCACCGCGGCCGAGUCGGCAGGUGGUCGCCGAAGCCCUUAAAAGAUCACCAAGGCCACCCUGUCCAACUAGGCAGGCCCCGCCACCACCCAACACAAAACCGUGGAGAUCCGAUCGAGACCGGUCGAACAAUCGACAGCAGCAGCAGCAGGUGGUGAAUCCAGCUGCUGGUCGAACGGUUGUUUACGAGUCGAUCAAAGAUUCGGUUCCGAAGGAAACCGGGAACGAAAGCGGCGAUCGUGACGAUCCGACUCGGUUCGUCGUCGACAAGAGUCGCAGCGGUGGCGGCAACGAACCCGUUCCUCGAGUCGCGAGUGAAAGGCGCGCGGACGAGGACGACCACCGUGGAAAUCCGCGGGAAAGGCGGCGUCGUAGUACAACCGUCCCCGGUCAGGAAUAUCGGGGAAAUUCCAGUGAAUCGAACACCGUCACUGGCGACGUUGUCUCCUCUCCCGCACCGCGUCGGAAAGAAGAGGAUUCCGGUGCCUUUGAACGCGUGUCGUCCAACGAACAAUUUUCGAACGGUGUGGUGACGAACGACGACGAGAGAUCAUCAUCGAUCACCAAUGACAACGGUAAACAAUGUAACGACGACGAACCAGCUAACUGGGAUAACUCGUUGUUAUCCGAAUCAGCGAUUUCUGGAUCGCUCGAUCGCAGCGACGUCGUCGUUGGCAAAUCUCCGACGGCCGAGUCACUGGACGACGACGUGUUACGUUGCCAUCACACGUCGUCGUCCGUCACUUCGCAGUCAGCGAACUUGCCGGAGAGAAGGCCGACGCCGACACAGAGAUCGUGUCCCGUGAAAUAUCGGGAUACGACGACGAGUUCGACGAAGAGAAGCGCAGAAACUCGGUCUGCCGACGAUUCCAGUGCGAACGUUUCGAACGUUGAUCGUGCUACGGUGGUUGUCAUCGACGAACCGGAUCGUAGAGCUGCCGCGUCGAACGAUCGCGCUGACAAAGAGAAGAACGGCGGCGAUGACCGAACCAACGAAACCAACGAUAACGACAACGACAACAUUCAUCGGCAAAAUUGGCUGGAAGCCGGUAUCCAUUAUUCGUCUACGCAGAUUCGAUUGUCUGGCGAAGACGGAGACAUCGUCGAUGGCACCCGAGUCAACGGAUACAAUCGUUGUGAAAACGAGAAGUUCAGCGAUAUUAACGUUCCGAGCAUACAAGAGAGAAUCGCGAUGUCUUCCCUGCAAGGUCUACCACCGUUACCGAGAAGUCUCAGUGGAUUCAAUUUGAGCGGUGGACGAAGCGAGGGUUGCGAACCACCUCCACCGCCUACUAGAUCUUCCAGUAAAACACAAAGAGGCGGUAAAAUUUCGAUCCAAUCAUCGUCCAGGCCAUCGCCACCUGCCAGGCAACUAACCACGUUGGACACGCAGCUGGCUAUACUCAGGAGAGAAAUGUUUGGCCUUCGACAGCUGGAUCUUUCAUUGUUGGCGCAACUUUGGUCUUUGAACGAAUCUAUUCAAGAAUUUCGACAACUUCUGCAAGAACAAGAAGACAGAGCACCGUCACCGUCGCCCAGCAGCGAAGAAGGCGACGAUACCACUUACGGAACCCAUCCUCCGCCACCUCCGAGAAGACCGGCACCCGGUGUACACCUUCACAGACCACCCAGGCCACCCAGACCACCUAGGCCACCACCUAGCGACGAAUCACCAUCUAGCGAGGAAUACGGAGCUGUUUGAUGCCUGCAACUUCAAAUUAUUUGCAUAUCAAACCGUCUCUCUCAACUACUUGAUCGUAAACUUUAACGCGUUGUAUGGUAAACGAAACGUCUUAUUUGAAGAAUUAGUGGAUGUCGGAUCAGCGAUUCGAUGCAGCGAUCGCUUCUACCUGUACAAGUCCGAACGACGUUACCUAAGAAUGCAGUCUAAUGCAUCGUUGUAAAAAAAAAAAAAAAAAAAA